AUGUUUUUAUCUGACAAAUUUGAUAUUGAUGAUGCAUCAUCAAUAUCAAAUUUGUCAGAUAAAAACAUAGCUCGAGCUAGGGACAACAAAGACAACAGCUUUAAAAGUAUACCAGAAGGAUUAUGGUGGGCGAUAGUAACAAUGACGACUGUUGGUUAUGGUGACAUGGCCCCUAAAACGUAUGCCGGAAUGUUUGUUGGAGCACUAUGUGCUCUAGCCGGAGUAUUAACGAUAGCAUUACCAGUACCAGCUAGAGCCAAAUUACCAAAACAGCGAAGAAGUGUGUUACCUGUUGAGCAGCCUAGGAGGAAAAAGAUUGAACAAGGCACAAAUAGAAGAAUGAAUGCCAUCAAACACAAUCCUGUACUUUUUAAAAGUGUUUUCGAUAAUAAUAAAAUGGUUAGAAAGCUGAUACAAACAAAGCAAAUGUUACUGACUGUAGCACUAUGGAGUUAA